UGCUGUCUGUACGUCACGUCACACCGACCAUAGUUGGGCCAGGCAGGCCGAUAGGUUUUCAUCCGUGUCUUUGAGAUAAAAUCUUAGAUUGCCAUUUAUUCUCCUCUCUAAACGAGGCCACAGUUUAUUUACAGUUGAGCUUAUUGCACCGUGUCCGCAAAAAUGAAGCUGCGGAUACAUCUUAGUUUCGUGCUGGUUUACUCGCUCGUCUCCUGCUAUUCAUGCUCAGGUUUUUAUCUUCCGGGUUUAGCUCCAGUGAGUUUCUGCGAAGAAGGAAAAGGUGCCGAGGACUGUCCGACAAAAAUCCAAUUGUACGUCAAUCGGUUGGACUCUGUAGAGUCAGUUCUGCCUUAUGAAUAUGACAUGUUUGACUUUUGCAAAGAUCAAGUGGAAACGAGACCAUCAGAGAACCUUGGACAGGUUUUGUUUGGUGAAAGGAUUGAGUCGUCCCCUUACAAAUUCACUUUCAAGCAUGAUGUAAAAUGCCUACCUGUAUGUACAAAGAAUUACAAGAAAGGCAGCCAAGAUGAUGCAACACGAUUAGAUUUUCUUAAAAUGGGGAUGCAGCUAAACUAUCAGCACCACUGGAUCAUUGACAAUAUGCCCGUGACAUGGUGCUACGAUGUGGAAGAUGGGCAGAAGUAUUGCAAUCCAGGUUUCCCUAUUGGCUGUCUUGUUACUUUAGAUGGUAGAGCAAAAGAUGCCUGUGUUAUCAAUGCUGAGUUCAAUAAAAAGAAUACGUUUUAUGUUUUCAACCAUGUGGAAAUUAAAAUUACUUACCACAGUGGAGCAUCUGAAGGAUGGCGAGGAGCACGACUGGUUGCUGCAACCCUGGAGCCAAAAAGUAUAAAUCACAAAGAUGAAAAAUCGGUGAACUGUGAUGCAGGCACCCCGAUGGAGAUCCCGGGAGAGUUUGAAAAUGAUGUCUCUGUAGUUUAUACUUACUCUGUCACUUUUGAAGAGAACAAUUCCAUUAAGUGGGCUUCAAGAUGGGAUUAUAUCCUUGUUUCCAUGCCUCACACCAAUAUCCAGUGGUUUAGCAUCAUGAACUCGCUUGUGAUUGUCCUUUUCCUGUCUGGCAUGGUUGCCAUGAUUAUGCUGAGAACCUUACACAAAGACAUUGCUAGAUACAACCAAGUUGACCAGGCAGACUUGAUAAAGCUUCCCUCCUCGAAGGAAAAAUCAUCAUUUACCUAUGAGGAUGCACAAGAGGAGUCUGGAUGGAAGCAGGUUCAUGGAGAUGUGUUCAGGCCACCAAGGAAAGGCAUGCUUCUGUCUGUCUUCUUAGGACAAGGCACCCAGAUCUUCAUCAUGACCUUCAUCACACUUUUCCUAGCUUGUCUUGGAUUCCUGUCACCAGCCAAUCGAGGAGCUCUUAUGACGUGUGCAGUUGUCCUGUGGGUUCUGCUUGGUACUCCUGCUGGCUAUGUAUCUGCUCGCCUCUACAAAACUUUUGGAGGGGAAAAGUGGAAGACCAAUGUCCUGCUGACUGCCCUCCUGUGCCCAGGCAUUGUAUUUGCAGACUUCUUCCUGAUGAAUCUUAUUCUCUGGGUUGAGGGAUCCUCUGCUGCAAUCCCCUUUGGCACGCUUGUUGCCAUUUUGGCAAUGUGGUUUGGAAUUUCUGUGCCCCUUACAUUCAUUGGGGCCUACUUUGGAUUCAAGAAACCGGCAAUUGAGCAACCAGUGCGUACAAACCAGAUUCCUCGUCAGAUUCCAGAGCAGUCAUUCUUUACUAAACCUAUUCCUGGCAUAGUGAUGGGGGGUAUCCUGCCCUUUGGCUGUAUCUUUAUCCAGCUUUUUUUCAUCCUCAACAGCAUUUGGUCUCAUCAGAUGUACUACAUGUUUGGCUUCCUUUUCCUGGUCUUUAUUAUUCUUCUAAUCACCUGCUCUGAGGCCACUAUCCUGCUUUGCUAUUUCCACCUUUGUGCAGAGGACUACCACUGGUGGUGGCGAUCAUUCCUGACUAGUGGCUUCACAGCUGUCUAUUUGUUUAUUUAUGCUGUGCAUUAUUUCUUCUCAAAACUGCAAAUAAUUGGUGCAGCCAGCACUUUUCUGUACUUUGGUUACACGAUGAUAAUGGUACUGAUCUUCUUCCUUUUCACUGGUACCAUUGGAUUUUUUGCCUGCUUCUGGUUUGUCAAUAAGAUCUACAGUGUGGUUAAGGUUGACUGAGAAGCCAAGUGGAAUUAAUCAAAGAGCCAUUCUCUAGAGCGCUGUCUGCAAGUGGAUGGUCUGACCAGGGCCUGAACUGGAAAAAACACGUAUCAGUAAAAGACCAUGAAAGCAGCGCCCGUCCUUUUUAUGCUUUAAACAUAUGUUGCUAUUUUUUCUUUUUCUUUUCUUUUUUUUUUUUUACAUUUUGUUCAGUUGACCAAUAAUUAAAUAAUAAGAGUAUUGCCUUGAACAGCAAUGUGUAUUCCAGCUAGUUUACUAUAUGAACAUUUUCGGUCAGUGGGUCUAAGAGAAAGGUGUUAUUGGUUUUGUUAAAAUUGUUAUGUAUUUUGCUUCUCCUUCUCCUUUUACAGCUAACUGUUCUUUUUUUCAUGACCUCUACUUUAUGGUUAAUAAUUUGAAGUGUGUAAAUAUAUUGUAUAGAAAAUGCAACAGUGAGAAUGCUUAAAGAUUGUUACUAUUGCAUCAGCAUAUGUAGGAUAUUUUAAGGUUGGUUGGAUAAGAUUUCUGAAAUGUUAGGGUGUAUUGUAGUUCAAAAUUAUAUAAACUAUGGCUUCAUUAUA